AUGCGCACAACUCCCAGGAUAAGAAGGGGUAGCGGCGGGGACGUGGAGUGGGGGGCUGCGGAAAUGCGGAGGCCUGUGGAACUGCUAGUAAACGAGGGCCUUCCAGAAAGAGCAGGGGAGGACCUGCCCCAGGUGCGGAGUGAGCCGUCCAGCCCCGUUUGGACUCGGGUCUGCGCCUUGCUCCCCCCCUCCCACCGCGCCCCGACGCGCUCGGUGCUGCGCCUUGGCCGGAGGUGGCGCUCUGUGCGCCCCGUGGAUUCCGACGCAGAACCCAGGGGUUCCUCAGGAGCAGCUCCUUUCUCUUCGUUCCAUCCAGCCCAGUUCCCGGCUCAGGACGCGGCCUGGCAUCUCACGAGGGAGUGGGGACUUGGCGAGGUGUCCCAGGGUGGGGAUGAGGCAGGCUGCAGCCCCCUCUCGGAUCUGGGUUCCUUCCCACCUCGAAAUGUGGGUGGAGGCUCCUCAAGCAGGCUGAGGCAGGAGGAUUGCUUGCUGCUCUUCGCCUGCGGAUACCUCGUCCAUGCCCUGGCCGAGGAAGCCGAGAUCCCCCGCGAGCUGAUCGAGCGGCUGGCUCGCAGUCAGAUCCACAGCAUCCGGGACCUCCAGCGACUCCUGGAGAUAGAUUCCGUAGGAACCGAGGAUGCCUUGGAGACCAGCCUGAGAGCCCACGCACCCCAUGCCACCAAGCAUGCUCCGGAGAAGCGGCCUGUGCCCAUUCGGAGGAAGAGGAGCAUCGAGGAAGCCAUUCCCGCAGUCUGCAAGACCAGGACAGUCAUUUACGAGAUACCUCGGAGUCAGGUGGACCCCACGUCUGCCAACUUCCUGAUCUGGCCGCCGUGUGUGGAGGUGAAGCGCUGCACUGGGUGCUGCAACACCAGCAGUGUCAAGUGCCAGCCCUCGAGGGUCCACCAUCGGAGUGUCAAGGUGGCCAAAGUGGAGUAUGUCAGGAAGAAGCCAAAGUUGAAAGAGGUCCAGGUGAGGUUAGAGGAACACCUGGAGUGUUCGUGUGCGACCUCCAGCCUGAAUCCAGACCAUCGGGAAGAGGAGACGGGAAGGCGUAGGGAGUCAGGUAAAAAACGGAAAAGAAAAAGGUUAAAACCCACCUAAAGCCGCCAACCAGAUGUGAGGUGAAGAUGACCCAGCAGCCCUCUCCUGGGACACGGAUGUACAUGGCGUGUUACAUUCCUGAACCUACUAUGUACGGUGCUUUACUGCCAGCGUGUGGCCUUUGUUCUCCUCCGUGAAGACUGUGUCCAAGAGCACCCUGGAGAACAAAGGGACAGUGUGCAUUUGUUCAGUGUG